GUCGGGUGCAGGAGUUGAUCCGCAGCGGUCACGAAAGGCAGGAGGUCAAGAACAAGAUGUUGGAGAGGCAUUUCGAGGAGCUGGAAAGCUGUGGCUCCAGCUACCUUGACAAGCUGAAGAGCCUGCGAUCUGAGGUGCGCUGUGAGGUCGAGUCCCGGCAAGAUGCGGAGACGAAGGCGCAGGUCCUUGAAGAGGAGCUACGUCGCUUCCGCGAUGAGCUGGAAGGAAGCCGGUCCGUGCUAAACGCGCAGUUCUCGGCCAACCAGCAGCUCUUGAGCAAUGAAUGCGAUGCGGCCACAAGUUUGCUGCUUCGCGCGACGGAGCAGCUGCACAGCGCCAGCUCCGGUUCGUGA